GCGGCGGCCGCGGCGAUGUUGCAGCUGCGGGACUCGGUGGACUCGGCGGGCAAGCCCACGGCGGUGCUGGCGACCGGCGAGGAGGGCGGCGCGGGCGGGGGGCGGCCGGACCCGCCGCUGCGGCAGACGCUGUGGCCGCUCAGCGUCCACGACCCGCGCCGCGCCCGCGUCAAGGAGUACUUCGUGUUCCGGCCCGGCACCAUCGAGCAGGCGGUGGACGAGAUCCGCGUGGUGGUCCGGCCGGUGGAGGACGGCGACAUCCAGGGGGUGUGGCUGCUGACGGAGGUGGACCACUGGAACAACGAGAAGGAGCGGCUGGUGCUCGUCACCGACCAGUCGCUGCUCAUCUGCAAGUACGACUUCAUCGCGCUGCAGUGCCUGCAGGUGGUGCGCAUCGCCCUCCGCGCUGUGGACACCAUCUCCUGCGGGCAGUUCCAGUUCCCCCCGAAGUCGCUCAACAAGCGAGAAGGCCAGGGCAUCCGGAUUCAGUGGGACAAGCAGAGCCGCGCCUCCUUCAUACACAGGUGGAACCCCUGGUCCACCAGCAUGCCCUACGCCACGUUCGUGGAGCAUCCGAUGGCCGGUGCGGACGAGAAGACGGCCUCUCUGUGCCAAUUGGAGAGCUUCAAGUCCCUGCUGAUCCAAGCUGUCAAGAAAGCCCAGAAGGAGAGUCCCCAGCCGGGACAGGCCACCAGCGUGCUGGUCCUGGAGCAGCCACUCCUCAUCGAGACCUACGUGGGGCUCAUGUCCUUCAUCAACAACGAGGCAAAGCUGGGCUAUUCCAUGACCAGGGGCAAGAUCGGAUUCUAGGCUGCGGCGCCUCGGAGAGCCGGUGGCCGGAUCGGCGCGGCCGGGGGCCAGCUCGGCCUGCGGGCCAGGUCCUCCCUAUACGGGUCUGAGUGGGGUUACGACACAGUCACGUGACUUGUAUCCUUGAGGUGGGUGUGGUCACGUGGUCACACACUGGAUAGGCUGGACUGCACGCAGCUGUCCCUGCUGGCUGCUGCCACCUCCGGGAGCCUCCUUGGGCCUCCCCAUCCCCGCCCCCACUGCCCCUGCCUGCCAAUAAACGUCCUGUGGUUGCA